UCUCUGGAUUAGGUUUGGAUUAUGCUUUAUCCUCAUACAAAUACAAACUAAUACUCGACGAUUUCAGUUCAAUGCUCAUUUAUGUGGACCAAUUAGAUUACGAAUAGGAACAAUAUGGUGUCAUACUAACCUCUAAAAUACGCUAAAACUGAUGAGUUUUACAUACGCAUAACUCUGGAACCGCUGAUUUCUUAAAGUUAAGACUUACAUUUUUGGAUUCAAUGCAUUGAAAACUAUUGAAUAGUAAUAAAGGAAGAUAAUAAUUUUAUAUCCAUCAAAUCGAAAUUGAACUUGAAUAAAUUGUUUAAAUAGAUUUGAAAUUUAAAGCAGUUGAAUAAAAGUCUACAGAGAUGUCUAAGGCAAUUAAAAAAGGGAAAAUGAUCAAGAAAAUACUACCAAAGAUAGAACACCCUUCACCUUUACGGGUAACUAUUCCCGCAGGAAUGGCAAAUGCUAAACCACCAUUGGGAUCACAACUAGGACAGAGAAAUAUUAAUGUAGCAAACUUUUGCAAAGAUUUUAAUACAAGAACUGAGAAUAUUAAAGAAGGGAUACCUUUACCAUGCCGUGUUAAAGUUAGAUCUGAUAGGAGUUAUGAUUUAGUAAUACAUAAACCACCAGCAACAUAUUUCUUGAAACAAGCGGCUGGAAUUGAGAAAGGAAAAAUAAAAGCAGGGGAAGUAGCAGGAAAAAUAACAUUUAAACACUUAUACGAGAUUGCCUGUAUUAAAGCAGAAGAUCCACCUUUGGCAUUAUUAAGCUUACAACAAAUUUGUCAAAUGCUUGUUGGUAUAGCUCGAACAUGUGGUAUUCAAAUUGUACAUAAAUUAGAUCCAGAAGAACAUACACAAUUUAUGAAAGAGAGAAAAGAAAAUGUUAAGAAAUUCAUGGAAGAAUUAGAGGCUGCUAGAGAAACCAAAAUACUUAGGGCAGUUUAAAUUAAUGUAUUAAGACAAAUUUACUGUACAUAAUUAAUAAAAGCAAGGUAGUUUAUUUAAAUACAA